AUGGCGGCUCUGGGUUCUGUGCUCGGCCUCCUCCUAUGGGUGUGCAUAGCAUGCAGAGUAGCUAGGGGGUUCUACUUCAACGUCGAAAAUGACAUAAUCUCCAAAGACACCAACAUGAAGCAGUGCUAUUCGGAGCACUUUGUAAAUUUUAAAGGAGAGAUUGUGCAAGUAUGUUUAGACAAAGUACCAUACGGAUCCCUGAAUAAAUACAAUAUCCUGAUUAGCUCCUACGGGGAAGACAAGAAAUGGACGAUGCAAAGUAAAGCUCUCGAUAACUAUACGACAAAGCUUUUGAAAUAUUUUUACAGUUUCACAAAUAACGAACAGCUAGUGGUGGUUUUCUGCUUUAACAAAAAUCUUUCGAACCCACCGUACGAAUGCUAUAGAAGCAUUACUAAUGAUUUAAAAACGUUGAAAACGGAGAAGAUACAAAUAGACUUGCGCAUGUUCGAACCAUCCUCCUUCAAUGACUACGCGCUGAACUCUUUCGACCUGUUCGGUGUGGGCCACUUCCUCAUUUGCGGGAUUAACAACAAGCGCAACUCCAAGCCCAACGUGGGAUUGCUCGUCAUCUGCCACGCUAGCGCGGAUGGGGGAUUCACCUGGAAGAAGAAACUUAACUUCUACCACCCCAACAUGGAUAAGAACACAACAUACGAAAGCCUGGUGCCGAAAAUCAGCGGAAAUGAAAUCGGCUUCCAGUACCUCGCGUCCAAAGUGUCCCUGACCAAGUAUUUCAAAUGCUAUUACAAGAAGGAUCACGAUUUCGAAUGCCAAGAUGUUAACAUGGUAAGAGAGCAAAGUUACAUUUGGGAUAUUGCAAAGAUUAGGGGUUACUACGUAUCUCCUAUUUCUGACGGAAAGGCACCCCCAACCCAGCUGUACUAUAUGUACAAGAACACAUACUUGAUGCCCAUAGAAGUUCCAAAAAGUAUUGGAACAGAAUAUAACCGAGGAAAGGUAUUCCAGUUGGACAACCAAAAGUUAAUCUAUAGUUACGCUAACGAGAAGGAGGCAUACACGUAUGUCUUGUCGCACACAGGUACAGUCAAAUACUGUACGCUCAUGUAUAUAAAGAGGGAAUACAUGAAUGCGGGGUUCAUCAAAAAAGGAAAUAACUACUACUGUGAUGUAAGCUACGAUGACCUAACCGUUGAAGGAGAUGAUAGAAUGUUUACAGUAAGUAUAUAUAACGGUGUAAGACAAGACAUACGAAAAUGCUUCUACCUAAAAUAUGAUAACAUGUUAGAACCUGUUAAUAUCGUGCACAAAAUUGAGAGCGUCUAUGAGUACAGCAACUUUUCAGUCUACACUCUAUACAUCAAAAAGGAUAUAGAGAAAUAUUUUCUGAAAGAUAUAAAAUUGGAAUGCUACUUAGGAGAAGAUUUCUACCUUUCCCUUAACAUCAACUUCAAGAAUAAUUUCAUUUUGGACAAUACAGAUGUGAAUCAAUCUCUUGUAAACCUCUACCCAAACAAUAUUAUAUAUUUUAAAUUACCAGAUGCAAGGUCUAAAAAUAUGAUCAAUACCGUUUCUUUUCCUCCGAAUACCAGAUAUAUCAAGGUGGAUGAGUACUAUUAUAUAUUUAAGCUCCCUUCUUUUAUUCCCACAGAGUCGUCUACGCAGAUGCCUUUCCUCAGUAACAUUGGUUCUCAGAAAACCCAGAAUAAAAAUGUUACUUUCCAUGCGGGUGGAGUGCAAGAACACAUCUUGGGUGUUGAUUUUUCCAGAAAAACCAAAGUCUGUGCAUAUGCAGGACUUGAUAAUAACUGCGAUAAGGUAAAGGUUCGAGGAAAUAAAGUUAGCGUUACCGUUAAUAUGGGGAUAGGAUCUGAAACUUCUACGCAAAUUAGCCUUGGUCUAAUAUGCCCGGUUAACAAGAAGAACAAGAAUACGUGUUUCAACGAAAUUUACGAUAAAAAGAAAAAGGUUUUCAUUCGGGAUCACCUGAACGACAGAAAAGGGUUCCUGACGAUAUAUCCAAAGACCUAUGUACACAUGCCCUCUCCAGGAGAGGAAGUUUUCGAAGAGUCUAUUCUCGUGUUGACUCCUCAGUUCAUAAACCUCUACAAUAGCAACCCGACCAAAUACAACAGCUCCUUCCUCUGCAAAUGCUAUGCCAACAACCGGGCCUAUGAGAUCACCUUCACUUUCGCCUAA